AUGGAUCAUCCUCAUUCUUCUAAACAUAAGAAGAUUUUAGAAUGGCAUUGUACUCAAUGUUCAUACAUAAAUUCAACAGACUACGAACUAUGUAUAAUGUGCGGACUAGGUGAACAACCUCUGCCGUUACAAACAAAAUAUAAUAUGAAUAACAACUUAAGAAAAAAACAUCCAAACAAACACCAAGAUAUAUACAGCUCUAAUACAAAUAUCAACACUUCCGAUGAAGAAAUAUUUUUUAUAAAACAACAACAGCAUGAAAAUCCUACAAUUAUUACAAAUGAGGUAAAUUGGACUUGUGGUGAAUGUACACUUGAAAAUUUACCUUCCAUCAAAAUAUGUGAAGUAUGUGGUGCUAAUCGAGCUUUUUCAGAAAUAAAUAUGCCUGUGAUAAAUACUAUGGAAGCAACAAAUGUACAAUCAUCAACCAAUAAUACAACUAUUUAUAACAAUAAUUCUGGUUCCAUCGAAUAUUAUGUUCCUGAAACAGAAUAUGAAUCAAAAUAUCAACAAUCACUAGAAUGGGAUUGUAGUAAAUGUACAUAUAUGAAUUCAAUAAAUGAUAAGAUAUGUGUUAUAUGUAAUAAUGGAAGUCGACCAGCAUCGUUACAAUUAGCUAAUAACAUCUCUAUCGAUAACAAGUCUACAGAUUCAAGACACAAACAAAUGUCAGUUGAACAGCACGAUAGAAAAGUUAACAGUCAAACAAAAGUGAGAAGUGUUUCUCACAAACAAAAUGAAUAUAAUAACAAUAUUACUACCGACAACAAUUAUAUAUCUCAGCAAUCACUCUGUGGACAAUAUAAUAUUAUUCCUACAAAUGAACAAAUUUCUGCUUACCCUGAAAAUGGACCCAUAUCGAAAGCAUCUACUACAUAUUCAAUUUCUCAGAGUAUCAGAGACGUUGAUGAAGAUGUAAAAGUGUACAUUAUUGAUUUACCACAUACUAUACCUGAUGAAAUACUUGAACCAGCAAUUAGAUCACGUCUUGAAACAUGUUAUAAUAUCAAAGUAAAAAUAGUUAAAUGUUAUUCAAUUAUAGGAAUUGGUAUUAUAACUUUACAAAACCAUGAUAAGAUCAAUUUAUUAACUAAAAUUCAAAAUAUUUUAUUAAAUUUUACAAUUAAAACAGUUACACUUACAUUUGUUGAAGAACUUGAAUUAAUUUCUUAUAUGGUAUUAGAUCAUAUUGACAAACAAAAACUUCCAUCAAAUGAGGAAAUAAAACAGAAAUGGAUUAAUACAUUUCCAGCUGACAAAUCUCCAAUAUUUCAAACAAUAUCAAUACAAUUUCCAAAUAUUAUUGAAAUGACAUCAUAUUCAAUUGGAGAAUUAAUGAAAUUUAUAAAUAAUGAUGUUUUUCUAGUUAAUGAACAAAUUGCAAGAGUAUUUAUUCGAGAUUGUGAAAAAAAAGCACAAGAAUUAUACAAAAUACUACAAAAUACUAAUCUAUCAGAAGAAAUCAAACAAUUAAAAUCAUCAUUAUAUAUUCAAUUAAAUAAAGAAUCAGCAAAUGCAAUAAUAAUAGCUUCAAACAAUAAAGAUAAUCCAUUAAUAAUAGAUAAAUGGAUAUCAAUGAGUUUUGUUAAUAUUUGUGGACAAUGCAAAUAUAAAAGUAAAAAUAUUUCAUAUAAAUUAAUAGUUAAAUCAAUUCCAAAAAAAUUAUCAAAUGAAACACUUAUUAAUCAUAAACAAUUUCAAAAUUGUGUUAAAACUAUUGAUAUAAUUGGUGAAAAUGCUAUGAUUGAAUUAAAUAAUAAAAUUGUUUGGGAAGAAUGUUUAAAAACAGGUUCACUUCGAAUUGAUUAUCAUCUAAUUCGACAUUUAACAUUAGAAAUAAGUCCAUAUACUAUAAUAAUUGAUCCUGAUAAUAGUCCAAUAACAUUUGAUAAUUGGUAUGGAAAUCGAAUGUUAGAUUAUAAAUCUGAUAUAAUGCAAUUUGAUUUUAAAAAAGAUCAAAUAUUUCGUUAUAGAUGGAAUUCAAA